UGACGUUCGGCUGAGGACGGCUGGACGGCUGCUCGUUCGUUCGGAUCGCGAAUCUCAGCGGUUUAUUGUGAGAUUAUAAUUAUUUCCGACUCCCCCGGAGUCGACUCGCAGGCGUUUCACCAUGGCGGACGAGGAGAAUAAUUGUGAUGAUGGUGGUGAUAUUAAAGGGGGCAUGCGGCUUCGAGGCCGUAAAGGUGCCCUGAAAAAGAAGAAUGUUUACCUGGUAAAGGACCACAAGUUCAUGCCGAGGUUCUUCAAGCAGCCAACGUUCUGCUCCCACUGCAAGGACUUUAUAUGGGGCUUCGGGAAACAGGGCUUCCAGUGUCAAGUAUGCAGCUUCGUGGUGCACAAAAGAUGCCACGAAUAUGUCACCUUCACGUGCCCUGGCGCGGACAAGGGCGCGGAUUCCGACGACACGCGUACUCGACACAACUUCAAAAACUACACAUACUCCUCGCCGACCUUCUGCGACCACUGCGGUUCCCUUCUCUACGGCCUGAUCCACCAAGGACUCAAGUGUCAAGCAUGCGACAUGAACGUGCACAAGCGAUGCGAGGAGUCCGUGCCAAAUCUCUGCGGUUGCGACCACACCGAGCGCCGCGGACGCAUCCAGCUCUCCGUGUCCUGCCAAGGGAACAAGCUCACCGUUAUAGUGAAGCAAGGCCGCAACCUGAUCCCCAUGGACCCGAACGGCCUCUCCGACCCCUACGUAAAGCUCAAGCUGAUCCCGGACUCGGACAACGUGAAGAAAAAAACCAAGACCAUUCGCAACAACCUCAACCCCGAGUGGAACGAGACUGUCACCUUCGAUCUCAAACCUGAGGAUAAAGACCGAAGACUUCUUGUUGAGGUCUGGGAUUGGGAUCGUACGUCCCGCAAUGAUUUCAUGGGAUCUCUUUCGUUCGGAAUCUCGGAGGUUAUGAAAGCCCCUGCGGAAGGAUGGUUCAAGCUCCUCACUCAGGAGGAAGGGGACUAUUACAACGUUCCAGUGCCCGAGGAAGGUGCGGACUUGGCUCAGCUGAAGAACCAGAUGAAGGCGACGAGCCUGGGGGCUCGCAGACCACCGCCACCGCCGGAUAGGGAGGUGCCUCAUAACAUGGCAGCGGCUGACGUCAUUAGGGCGUCCGAUUUCAACUUUGUCAUGGUGUUGGGCAAAGGAUCUUUUGGAAAGGUGAUGCUAGCAGAACGUCGUGGCACAGACGAGUUAUACGCCAUCAAGAUCCUGAAGAAAGACAUCAUCAUCCAAGAUGACGACGUGGAAUGCACCAUGGUCGAGAAGCGAGUGCUGGCACUCAGUAGCAAGCCGCCCUUCCUGGUGCAGCUACACUCCUGCUUCCAGACGAUGGAUCGGCUGUACUUCGUAAUGGAAUACGUGAAUGGCGGAGAUCUGAUGUUCCAAAUACAGCAAUGUGGCAAAUUCAAGGAACCGGUCGCAGUUUUCUACGCCUCCGAGAUAGCAAUCGGCUUAUUUUUCCUACAUUCCCGCGGCAUCAUCUACCGAGACUUGAAGCUUGACAACGUCCUGUUGGACCAAGAUGGGCACAUCAAGAUCGCUGACUUCGGAAUGUGCAAGGAGGGGAUAACAGGCGAUAAAACUACCAAGACGUUUUGUGGUACACCAGACUAUAUAGCGCCGGAGAUCAUCUUGUACCAGCCGUAUGGCAAGUCGGUGGAUUGGUGGGCGUAUGGUGUGCUACUGUACGAGAUGCUGGUGGGACAGCCUCCUUUUGAUGGUGAAGAUGAGGAGGAACUGUUUGCUGCGAUCACGGACAAUAGUGUUUCGUAUCCGAAGACUCUUAGCAAGGAAGCCAAAGAUGCGUGCAAGUCGUUCCUGAUGAAGAACCCUCAGAAGCGCCUCGGCUGUGGCAUCCGCGGGGAAGAGGACGUGCGCACCCAUCCAUUCUUCCGUCGCAUCGACUGGGCGCGGGUCGAAGCGAGGGAUAUUCAGCCACCCUUCAAACCAAAAAUUAAACAUCGUAAAGACGUCUCCAACUUUGAUAAGCAGUUCACGCAGGAGAAGACAGAACUGACUCCCACAGACAAACUGUUCAUGAUGAACCUCGACCAGACCGAGUUCAUGGGCUUCUCCUUCCUCAACCCGGAGUACGUGCAACACGUGUGAACUGACAGAUGAACCUCUCUGCAUUUGAAGCUAACUCACCGCUGUCGUAAUGGUGGCCUCUGAAACUCAUCUAUCGACUGUCUCUGUCACUCUUACGGCAUCGUCGUACCGCUGUCUCGCUCAUCGUUUUUACAUCGUUUCCAACAUUUCAAACUCUUGACUUGUUUCUCGAAGAGUGGAGGAGUUUGAUUAUUCCAUAGGGCAUGUACUGAGGAAGUAUUUUCUACGUGCAAUUGACGCGCGAUUUCUGUGCGGUUGAAACCGCCGAUUGCAGCGUUUUUAUCGAUCAAAACGCGAUACAGACGCGCGCAAAAAUCGCAUAUAUC